AUGGAGCAGCCUAAGCCACAUUCAUUUUAUGAUUUAUGCAGACUUUGUCUUGAAAAUCAGGGCUUAACUAACAUAUGCUCAAAAGAAGGGCUAACUCAAGAUAUAUAUCUAUGUACAGGUGUAGUUGUUUCUAGUCAAGAUAAUUUGCCUCAGAAGAUAUGCAUCAAAUGUGUGGAAAUUAUUGUAAAUGCAAAACGGUUGAGAGAUAAAGCUAUGGCAACUGAUAGACACCUGAAGUCCUUGUUUGUUGAUGACGAUCCAUUGAGUUUGGGGUUCAGUCAAUCAGACAAGGACCCUGCAGAGAGAAUUUCUAAUUCUCGGAGGAGCAGCGCAGAUUCUGACAGAACAAUGAAGUUAGAGAUUGAUGAAAUACAGUACUGUGCCAGAGAGGAAGAAAAAGGCGAAGAACAUGAACAAGAUGAAGUAGAAAAAGAAGAACAAAAUAAAAAUGAAGAUGAAGUAGAAAACACAGAACAAAAUGAAGAUGAAGUAGAAAACGAAGAAAAAAAAGAUGACGAAGUAGAAAACGAAGAGGAAGAAAUCAUACCAAAAAAAAGGAAGGCUAGAAGACCGGAUUCCUCAGUGACUUCGGAGAAUGGUAAACCAAAAAAGAAAAUAACUGUCAGAAAAGACCUUUUCAAUAGUCCUCGGACCUCCAUUCGUACCUCGUCUACGAAAGAUGUCGUUACGUCCAUAAAACAGCAUCUCAAAGUGAAAAUAAAAAGAUUCAAAACCAGUUCUGGCGACAGUUUUUACUACGUAUGCGACAUAUGUCAAAAGAAGUUUAACGCGUGGAAGAAAUAUUAUUUGCAUCAGAAGACUCAUAACAGAAAUAUAGUGUGUCCGGUGUGCGAGAAGAAAUUUGCUACAAAGGGUGAUGUUGAGAAACAUGUUCGUACUCACACUGGCGAGCGACCUUAUGCCUGUGAUGUAUGCGCCAAAAGGUUCACACAGCGAGGCUCGCUAAAGUCACACAAAACCUCAGUACAUCGAAUAGACUAUAACACACUCACACCUGAAAAACAAGAAUCAUAUAAACUCUUAAUUUAA